GCCCUCUCUACUUGCCAUUUCUUCUACCAUGAGCGUGAGCUUCAGGUCGCCGGCGGAGCAUUUGUUUCGCUGCACGGCCUCCGUAGGAAGGCCUUUGGCCUCGAAAACAGAUGGAUCAAGCACAGCCUGGCGGCCUCUUCGGCUUCCUACUCCGGCGGGAUCGGCGAGAAUGGGGCGAAUGAGUAUCUCGUGUUCAGGAUCCGGGUCAGAGGUACGCGGGCUCACUUACAAAGAUGCCGGUGUGGACAUCGACGCUGGUUCAGAGCUGGUUCGGAGGAUCGCCAAGAUGGCGCCCGGAAUCGGAGGGUUCGGCGGCCUUUAUCCGUUAGGUGACUCCUACCUUGUCGCUGGCACUGAUGGUGUUGGCACCAAACUGAAGCUUGCAUUUGAGACUGGUAUCCAUGACACAAUUGGGAUUGAUCUGGUGGCUAUGAGUGUGAAUGACAUAGUUACUUCUGGAGCAAAACCAUUGUUCUUCCUUGAUUACUUUGCAACCAGUAAUCUUGAUGUUGACCUUGCUGAAAAGGUGAUAAAGGGAAUUGUUCAUGGAUGUCAGCAAUCUGAUUGUGUCCUAUUGGGAGGGGAGACUGCAGAGAUGCCUGAUUUCUACGCCAAAGGAGAAUACGACUUGAGUGGAUUUGCUGUUGGCAUUGUUGAGAAAAAUAAGGUCAUCAAUGGGAAGAGCAUUGAGGCUGGAGACAUUCUUAUCGGUCUUCCAGCUAGUGGUGUGCACUCUAAUGGCUUCUCUCUGGUCAGAAGGGUUCUGUCACAGAGUGGUCUUUCGUUAAAUGACCAGCUUCAAAACAACAACGGCAAAAGCAUCACAUUAGGUGAAGCUUUAAUGGCACCCACCGUCAUCUAUGUCAAGCAGGUGUUGGACAUUCUCAGUGAGUGGGAUGUAAAAGGAAUAGCUCACAUCACUGGAGGCGGGUUUACUGAUAACAUCCCAAGAGUAUUUCCUUCCGGACUCGGAGCUAAAAUUUUUACAGAUUCUUGGGAGAUUCCUGCUCUAUUCAAAUGGCUAAAAGAGGCUGGAGAUAUCGAGGACUCCGAGAUGAGACGUACUUUUAACAUGGGAAUUGGCAUGGUUCUUGUAGUGAGCAAGGAUACGGCACCAGGAAUUCUAUUAGAAUGCCAAGGUUCUUCUGGAGCUUAUCGCAUUGGGGAGGUCGUAGUUGGCGAAGGCGUCCAAUAUGUGUGACUCAAGAAUGUCCUGGUUGUCAUACUAAUUUUGUUGUGAAAUCACCAAGAAUUUAGGAGAGACAGCGUAAUUUGAUAAAUAAAUGGGGAUCUUUAUUAUACGUUUGUUUUUGUUGAAUAUAUCUUGCCUUUGUUU